AUGGCUGCCACAUUCAGGCCAGUGAAUUCGCCGCUGCCUGCCGAGGUUAAGUUUGACGACAAGAUGACGACGUCACCGACGACACCCAGGCCACGCACCGCCCCUCAUCCCCAGCAUCCCCAGACGCCGCAACCACCCUUGGCGGACGAUGCAAAGACGCCCACCAAGGCAACGUUCGGCAACGGUAGCAACAGCACCGGUCUAGCGUCCCAAAAGCCGCUCCCCAGCUCCCCCUUUCCUCAGGCUGUCCAGGUUCCCGAAAGCGCCGAGAAGACCAAGACCCCGACGAGAGCCAACUCGCAACACUCUAGAAGAUCGAGGGACUCUGAGGAUGUUGACAUGGACGAAUCGGACGGUGAAGAUGAUGGCGCAUCUGACGAGGACAGCGUGAAUGCCGACGGAACCAGAUCCAACAAGAAGAAGAAGUCGCAGCGCUUCUACUGCACCGACUACCCUCCGUGCAACUUGAGCUUCACCAGAAGCGAACACUUGGCCAGACACAUCCGGAAACACACUGGCGAGAGACCCUUCCAAUGUCAUUGUUCCCGCCGCUUCUCCCGUCUUGACAACCUGCGACAGCACGCACAGACCGUGCACGUCAAUGAGGACAUACCCAUAGACUCACUAGCCGCAACUGGUGCGAGGUUCCAGAGGCAGAUGCGGACCGAGCGCGUGCGCCAACAAGGUGGAAGGGCCCGCGCCUCGACGGCCGGCAGCGGUCCAGGCCCGGUCCGAGGCCACUCAAAGUCGUUGUCGACAUCAAGCAUCGCCAGCGUCGGCUCCAUCGGAUCUGCAUUUGUGCCCCGGGACGACAUCCGACGACGCCCUCCACCUCUGGUCAUGGCCGACCCCCGGUCUCGACUGUCCCUCGAGUCUUAUCGUAGCGCUGCUGACGGGACAUAUGGCUAUCGCCCAGUCUCGCCGACCGACUACAGCACGCCGACGUCGGCAACGUUCUCGCCCGGCCAGAGCAGCCCAUCAAGAUGGGGUUCCGCUAUUGCUUCUCCCACCACUUCGCAUUCUCGGUCCCACAGCAUGUACUCGUCUGGCUCGAGGACACCAGGGAGACGGCUUAGCGUGCCGUCGGGUGUAAACCCCUUCCAGUCUCCCCACGGCGCACCCGUCAAUAGGCUCGUCUUUGGUGCAGGCCCCCCCGCCAACUCCUCCAACAUGGGCGCCUUCUCUCCCGCUUCCAGCAGCCAUUUGGCAUCGCCCACCACCCCGACUUCCGGGUGGCCCUCCGGCAGACGGGACUCUGCAUCGUCCGCUGCUGACGAGGCGUGGCGCCGACGGACGUGGCACCCCGAUACGAGGAACUUUAACACCAAUACCAGCAAUCUGAGCAAUGUUCUCACACCUGGCCAGAUCCACCCGAAUCCGGCGCCUCCUAUCGUCAACGCCCCCAACCCGCAACAAACCCUGCGACUCCCCGGAAUCGAAUCGUUCGACCCCCUGCCGUCUAGGCAGGUCUCGCCUCCGAGAAGGAUCCCGUCGCCGAUGAUGGUUGAUUCCGAAGCCGCACGUCCGAGAACACUUUUGCCUGGCACCGAUGCCAUGACGGAAGACCGGCGGAACGUUUCUCAGUGGGAUAUGGGGCUGCACCGAGGCUUGACGAGGCUGGAUAUCACGUCCAACAAGACGCCGCCUCGCGACAGUGCCGGUGCGUGGGCGAACGAGGUGAACCAGGCUGUACAGGCGCAGGCCGAGCAAGUCCGGAUGAACCCACCGACCGUCAGGUUCGAGGUUGACCCGCCGUCUUAUUCCAACCCGGGUGCCUUUACUCGCAGCCAUCAACACACAAUGUCCGCUCCCUCUAUUGCCUCUAGGGAGAACAAGCGACACGGCUGGUAUCACGGGCCUACCGGCAGCAGCAUACACGGACCCCGACCCCAAGCGCCAAACAACGACCCUCGCGGGCCGCAUGUUAACCGCAUGGUCCACCCCAACAUGACUGCUUUUUCUGGGUUUCCAGCCAGGCAACCUGAGCCGCAAGAACCCCCUCAUCAGCACCAACAGCAGCAGCAGCAGCAACAACAACAACCAGGGAAUCCGGACCCUCUCAGACGUCUUGAGGCGCUUGUAGCCGUCGCUACAAGUGAAGGAACUACUGCUACGGCCUACUGA